GAGAGGAUGUCCAACUCAACUAUAUCAGCAAUGAUGAUGAUGAUGGCGGGUGAUAUGUCUUCACUGAAUGCAUUGCCAUCAUUCAAUACAGGUCAUGUUGAUGAUAUUGGACUAGAUGAUGAUACAUUCAACUCAUCGACAUUCGAGAUAUAUAUACCCAGUCUAUACGAUUCACAACUCUGGUCCUCUUACGAAUACCUUAACGACAACACUGCUAGAUUCAUUGAUUGUGUGUCUCGCGAUUACUUGGUCCAAGGAGAGCUAUUGAAGUUCUUCAUCAUUGUUAGACCGACACCAGCUGCAAAGGCAAGAUCAUUGAGCAUGAGCAAUCAAAGAGCACCAGUCAAUCAAUCACUCAAAACGAUCGCAGAGUCAACUGACUCAUCAUCAGCAGCAUCAAGUUCAUCAUCUGGCCAAUCAACAUCAACGACCAGCACCAACACUGGUACAACUCCACCCAUAACAAUCAUACCACCAUUACCAUCAUCAUCUCAGAACCUAUCAUUCGAAAUAGCGAUGCGCUACUCAUCCGAUCUCUCAAAGUCAUCAUCUGGCGACUUCCAGAAUGCGGUCAACAUUACAGAGUAUAUACCAAAGCAUUCAUAUGUAACGACUGAUAUGAGGAAUGAUCAUAUCUCAUCAUCAAAGUCAUCGACAUCAUAUCUUCGACACGACACAAACAAUCAGAAUCAAAGCAAUCAACGAUUCAUUGGUGGUACAAUCGAAGUGUCCACUCCAUUCGAGACAUACAUACCCAACAGGGACUCACUCAAUCAGAAACCCAACUACUUCAGACUGUCCAACGGUGACAUUGUCUUUCCAAUUGAGAUACCAAUAUAUGUCAAAGAACUUUAUGAAGACAAGAUAAUCAACUUGGUGAUAAGGGUCACUCGAUCAAAGAAUCAUCGAAACAUGUCCAAUGAGAACAAGUUGGAUCGUUUGUUGCAGAAUGAUAUCACAUCAUUCCCAAAGCUCAAGAAUCACAGGAUAUUCUUCAGACCAUUCAUGUUGAUUCAACCUCUAAAGUUGCACAUCCAGCCCAAUGUAAUCACAUUGGGCACAAAGAGUUUGGUGACUGUUGUGGCGGAGAACGUUCAUCCCUCGCUAACAUUGAACAUCAGAGACGUCAACAUCUAUCUGCUUCACGUGUUGUCGAUGGAGGUCUACCAGGGCGAGGGUGAGAUGUCACAUCGCCAGCUCGGACAGAUCACCAAGACCACGGACCACUUUACCAUUCGUCAGCUCACCGAAAUGCCGCCAACACUGGCGCUGUCACCUCAAUCUCAAUACUCGUUCGUCCUGUCGUUGGAGCCACUGUCCUUGCAGAAACAACUGCCACCACUCGAUGGCUUCUACACCAAGGUCAAGGUGGAGUGGGACUUGCCAGUGUCCUGCGGCCAGAUACUGUCAAUGUAUGAUCUCAAGGUUCCUCCACCAGCCACUUCUCAACUGAUGGUGGCCAUCGAAUGUCCCUCACCCGUGGUCGUAGGUGAGAAGUUUAGCAUCACCAUCAAGAUAUCGAAUCUCUCGCCAAAGUCUAAACAGAUCAACAUCAAUUUGCCGCCACCAAUGCUGUCACCACCAAGUACCACGGCAAACACCCAGGCAUUGAAGUUGUCCACCUCACUCAAUGCCCAGAUUGCCAACAAGAAGGCAUCAUUACGACACUCCACCGACAAGACAACAGCACCAGAGGUGUUAAACAAAACCAACCCGACCAACAUCAGUAGCAAUAAGCUUCCACAAUCUACCAACACCGCCAACACCAACGCCAACACCAUCAACAGCUCCAAGUAUAUUCCAGCAGACUCACACAUUCAUUUCAACGAGAUGAGCUCCAAGUCACUGGCAUCCUUUGAUGAGACACAGAGAAACUCCUCCAACCUAUUAUGCCUUGAGAAGUCAAUCUAUGUUGGUGACAUCGAUGUCAAGAGCUCAGUCAGUAUAUCAGUGGACUAUAUUGCAUUGAGAACUGGUAUCUUUGAGAUACAGAACAUCACAUUGUACGAUAGGAUCGAAAAGAAGAACUUUGUCAUCAAGCAAUCACUCCAAAUAUAUUGUAUCGACCCGGUGCCAUCCAUCACAACUCCUCCUCCCCAUCAUCACAACAACAACAACAACAACAAGAUUGAGGAAACUGUAAAUGAACAAUAA